AUGCGCGAGACGAUGCGAAACGGCAGCGUCAAUCGCAAACCCAGACGCAACAUAUCAGAAGUCACGCGCAGUUUUCGCUUGCAGCAUGCUCGCAACGACCUUCUCUUGUCAUCACACCCACUUUCGGAGCGCGCGUCACCGCUGAAUGACGCUGCAUCUGCAGCACAGGCUGCGCAAGCGUGGUUUCAGCAAACAAAACCAUCCGCACUUGCGCCUCGCCACUGCAAAGCUUCAACCGGCAUCCCUACAUUACCAUCCCUUGGCAGUAUGGGACACGACCAAAGAAGGGGCAAAGGAGCUUGUUACGAAGUCCAGCCGCUCAGUCACGGUUCAGAGAGCGUUCAGCUUGGGCCGAUGGACUCUGGAAGCUCGCGUUGCCGGCGUUCAGACAGGUCUGAACUUCUGACAUGUGGCAAUUCUCGCCAGGGCAGUGUCGGCUACGUCACUCCCUCCAGAAGCUUGUACAAAAGAUUGAAAGAAGGUCUGAACGAUGCUUUUUGGGACUACAGACUGGUCUGGAGCCAGAGGAAGAAUCAUGUCAGCGACGAACAUCUCGGCAUGCAAGCCAUAUUCGACUAUGCCGUCCGUCGUUGGAGCAAAGCUGGUACUGCUUCUCCCUCACUCUCGCGCUCACAGACUUCUAACGGUCCUGAAUGCGCUCACAACCCCGCUGAUGCCGCAUUCCAUGGACUUCAUCUGCCAGCGGCGGCUGCGUGGCCCACAGGAGAUCCGACACCGACACGGGAGGCAUUAAAGCAGCGAUCGCCGCACCCUUUCGAUCCGCUGCACCGCGACCUCGAACCACCUCAGCCAGCCUUUGUUAGAGGCAGAGUCUGGCGCCAGCCGUCCGUUAUAACUACGCAAACUGCUGAGACGUCGUGGACGGACGUUCAGCGGGCGGUCCAGGCGGAAAGCUCGCCCACGGCUCGGACGGCCGAGUCACGAACGCUCAAAGACGCCUCGGGCACGGUUCGUGACAUGCACGAAGGUAAGAUCCAGCGAGCACCGCGGCUCGCGCUCGUUGCUUGGGAGAGGGCGGACGACGCGCCGGUCCCGCAUGCGGGAACCCAGAGCCGUUCGCCUGCGCAGCAGCAGCGAAGCGAGCUCCGCGACACUCCCAAGGCCACGUCGGCGACCUCUGGCAAAUGGAGCGGCUUGCGCUCGGCUGCCGGCGCGGAUGGCACGGCCCAGACGUCCACGACGGGUGCGCUCCGCGCGCCGUAUCCCCCUCGAUCUACUCGCAAAGCGGCAUAG